CACAUGGACGCACACAGAACAGGAGGGUGCAGAAGAGGUGGAGUCUGGUUAUGUAAUCAGUGAUCUCCACCUACAAGCUGCUCAUUGUUUAUCAUCACACUGCUACUGCACACAGUACACACACACACAUACACACAGUACACACAGCGCUGCAGUACACACAGUACACACAGUAACACUACAUGCAGUAUUAAUACUCAGUGAUGGAAACUGGAAGAACUGCACGGCAAGAAACUGGACAGUCAGUAAACAACAGACCUCAGUGGGGUGUGUUCCUGCACGGCUGAGCUCAACCAAUCAGCUUCAAGCUCCUCCCCACGUGGUGCUCUUGUUUACUACGAGGCUGGAGAGCCACCGCGGGGGCUGCUGGGAAAACCCGGAGCGGAUCGGCUGCUCAGAGCUCAACAUGCAGAUCCGGUGUGGUGCUGAUUUACUCAGAUCAGCAGAUUACUGUUGUGUUUGAGCAACUCUCAGUCUGAUUCACUCACUCUGGAAACAAACGUGACACACAGACUUCACCCAGGUGCAUUGUGGGAAAUGUAGGAUCGAGUGUUCAUGAAGGUUUGUGAGAGUUUACUUACUGUGACAGCAGCAGUCUGGAUGUGUCUGCUCCACCUGCUGCAGCUGCAUCAGGUCACUCUGCUGACAUCCAUCAGCUGAUCAAAACAGAUUAUGAAUCUAAUAUUGUUUUCUGUUUGUAGUUUCAGACUUCAUGUUGAUUUAACGUGUUGUUGAUUGUUUUGUUCCAUCUGACAGACUCGACUGUUAAAGAUCCAGUUAAAGAACAAAUGAAGAAUAAAAGACUGACUCAUGUUUCACAUCAGCUCAGAAACACGUCGCCACGUCUUCAUGUUGAUGUUUGUUCAAACUUUAUUUAACAUUCAUCUACGUUUCUCACCUGUUGUUGACUCACAACAUUUAAAGUCUCACAGUGAAUUAAAAGACAGACACACUCUUGUGAUUCUGCUGCUCAUCAUGAAGAACUGAAGCGUCACUGACUCUCUGUGCUGAUGUCAGGUUGAAACACGCUCCGCUCCAGAUGUUCUGGUGUGAUCCGGUCCGUGUGUUGUGUGAACCUCCUCCCUCCCUGAUGGUGUUCAAACUGGCUGCAGCCUGCAGCAGCUCACACACUCACACACACUCACACACACACUCUCAGCUCCCAUUGAACGGUGGACAGUCCAGGUGUUGUGUUGUUGUUGUGUUGGAGCUCCAGGCAGCAGGCAGACAGACAUGUUACCAAAGACACGUCUGGGGAAGCGUUCUCCUCUCGGGGCGCUGGUGAGCUCCACCUGCCCGGCAGCAGGCCAGGUGACGGGUGACACCGGCGUCACCAUGGAAACAGCAGCAGGACAUCUGACAGCCAGCAGAGUCAAAGGUCACCCCGGGCUGAAGGUGUACUUUCAGUGUGGAGGAGCAGGUGAAGCUUCAGGUGUGAUCGAUCAGCCUGACCUCAUGCAGAGUGACGCUUCUGUCUGGCCUUCAUCUCAUCUCUCCUCCUGCAGCAGAUCUGUCUCCUCCUGCAUCGACGUCCCCAGAAGUCAGAGGAGUCCACACGAGGUGGACAUGGACGAGCUGAUGGCAGCGAUGGUUCUCAGCAGUUUGUCCUGCAGCCCUCUGCUGCACAGCCCCGCCCACCAGGACACCACAGCUCCUCUGAUGGACUGUGGCGGUGGCGAGCUCUGUGGCGGCGGCGAGCUCUCUGACGGCGGCAGCAGCGGUUACUGGAGCAUCGGCCACGGCAACGGCAGCCCGGCUCCCUCUCCACCAAUCGCGGAUGCCACUGUCAGCCCGACCACGCCCUCUGAUGAAGGGCUGGACAUGGAGCUGGAGCAGGUGCUGUUCGAUGAGCCGGCGCCGCGGAGACGAAGGAACUCGGUGAAGGCGGCGUACAGGUGUCUGUGGCCAAGCUGCGGGAAGGUCCUGACGUCAGUGGUGGGAAUCAAACGUCACAUCCGGACAACACACCUGUGCCGCGGCGGAGAACACGAGCGUUGUUCUCGCAGCGAGGAGGAUUUCUACUACACUGAGAUCAGCCAAUGGGAGGAGCAGCAGCAGUCUCCUCCCCUUCCUCUCCUCUGCAGCCCCGCCCCCACCUCCCCCACCUCCGCCUCCCCCUCCUCACCUCCCAGCCCUCCUCCUCCCUCCCCUCCCUCCCCACCGUCUUCCCCGUCUCCAACCUGCAGCGCUCUGAGUCGCUCCGCCCCCUCCUCCUCAGGCGCCUCUUGGCAGGUCCAAUCAGAGCACUCCUACCAGGCUCCACCCCCCAGUCAUGUGACAUCAGCAGCAGCACCGUUGAACACACCCACCUGUCGUCCGAUGGCUCCGCCCACCAGCUGCCUCAGACAGGGUUUGGCGUUUCGGGUGCGUUCGGUCAGCGUAGGCGAGCAGUGGCUGCAGCAUCAGAGUGUCUCCUGCAGGAGGAUUCGAGGUGAAGCCAAAAAAUGCCGGAAGGUGUAUGGCAUCGAGCACCGAGACCAGUGGUGCACGGCCUGCCGCUGGAAGAAAGCCUGCCAACGCUUCCUGGACUGAAGGAGGAAGAGCGAGCGGAAGAGGAGGAGAGGAGGAGGACUGAGGCAGGCUGAGGCCUUCAGCUCACCUGCUGGAUGUUUUAUAUUCUCUGACAGCAGAAAUAUGUGUUGUUUUAUACUCUUUCUACAUUUUCUAUACAUGUCUUUUUUAUUUGGAAUGUAUUUGUAGAAGGUGUUUGUAGACGUCCUGUCAGUUUGAGGCAGCUACGAUGUGACCUUUGACCUUUGAGGCAGCUGAGCGAGUCCGUGUCAGGACCUGUACGUUACAAAUGGACCCAGUAACCGUGGCAACACUCGGCUCAGAGCUGAUGCUGCUCUGAUGAAUGUUCAGGCUCAGCUGGGUGACACUGGGCUCAAUCUUUCUCAUGAAGCUGGUUCAGGUUCAGAUGCUGCCGCCUCACAUCACAUUUAUGGAGUCACCACUUCUACGGGAUCCCAGCAAGGCCAAAAAUACUUAACUCCCAUGUAAAGGAACAGUUCGCCCAAAACUGUAAACCAGUCAUCCUGUCCUGAAGCAGCUGGAGAUUUGAUUUAAAACAGAGAAACAAACAUCAGAUGUCUCCACGCAGCUCGUCUGCUGUGAUCACAGUCUGAACGAGAGCAGCGUGAACGAACAGGAAGCUGACGGCCUCUCAGGGCUGCGCUGAACGACGUGAGGCAGCUUCGUGAUUUAAACUCAACAUGUAAAUAAAAAGCUUCCCUCCGGACCGGACAGGAAGACGCACAGGUGUUCUCACUGAGCUCAGAGGGAGCUAACGCUAACACUAGCGCUCUGAUGACUCACAGCAGGAUCGAGUCGUGGAAAUCGCUGCUCGCGGUGCUAAAAGAGGUCAGACUCAGAGUACUGAGGACUGAAACUGCCAAACUCAAGCAUCUGUCAGUUAAUCAAUAAAUGGCUCAAUUCAUAAUAUGCACCAAAUAUUAAAUUAAAAAUAAAUUCAGGCAUUCAUUUAUAAAAUGUAUUAAAUUGAUACUUAUCUAUUAAUCUGCUCAGUCUGCCCAUUUAACAUCAAAACUUUUAAUUGAUGUAUUCACUUUUAUAUUUAUUUCAUUACGGAUUUAUUUCUGUAUUAUUUGCUUUGAAUUUUACAAAAUAGUUCAUAAAUAAAUGCAGAAAGAAAUAUUAAUGAAUAUAAAUUAAAGUACUAAAACAGAUGGGAACAUCAGUAAAUAUGGGAAAUAACACAAAGUAGGCAAACAGAAAAAAAUCACUUUGUCACAUUUUAUAAAUAAAUUAAUGCCUCCUUUAAUUUUUAGUGAUUUUGGUGACAUUUAAUGAAAUUUAUGUAUUCAUGUAUUUUCUGAGCUGUGUAAUUAUUUAGUAGUUUGGCAGUUUCUCCGUUCAGGAGCAGCUUUGGACCCCGACUAACACCACAUCUGCUGCCUGUAUUAUAGUCUGUAAUAAGCAGCUUUAAGGUGCCAAACAGGUGGACAUCAGUCGGUCGGCUCUGGGCUCUAAAGGCAGCGAUGGUGUGCCAGGCUCCAUAAACUGCUCCCACACACUGAACCCAGGUUUACUUUACCGCCAUUUAUCGUAUCAGGCAUCAACAUCGUCUCAUCUCACCUAAACGAAACAUAUCUUCACUGUAAAUAUCAUCACAGAGUUCGUCCUCGUUCAUUUCCCAUCAGCCACCAUUCUUCAUACGACCUUCAGUUCAGUUGUUAAAUGUCUGGAAGCAGAAGCCAUUUCCACUCGUCCCUGUGGAAACCACAUGCAGUAUUGAUGAAGACAUAUGUUUAAUUAUAGAAACACAAUGUUUUACACUGAGUCAUAUAUAUUUUAUAAUAUCUGUAGAAAUACAGAUUAUUAACAUCAGAGCACAGUGACGAGGACGACUCCUCCUGAAGCCUUUAAACUUUCUGAUGUUUCAACCAUUUCUUUGCAGUAAACUGAGAAUAAGGUUCUUGUAUUUAUAUUCUCUGUACGUCCUGUUUGUUUCUGAGCAAAAGAAGUAAAUGUUGAUCAUUGUAAUCGUAUCAUUCUGAAGAUGCACUCUUUUAUACAAGAUGUGAGGUUCUCAUGUUUGAAUAAAAACAAAGAAAAAGUA